UGAUGGUGCCCUUGCUGAUGUACAGACCAAUCCAAUUAGGUUUCACCUCUAGGCUGUGAUGCAGCUCAUGCUUCAGCCGAUCCAUAUACACACACGCGCGUACACACGCCCGCACAGUGUCACUCUGCAGUGCGCUUCACACACAGUGCGCGCACCCUCCGCGUUUACGCGUCCGACAUCUGCAGACAUUCAGUCUCACCAUAUCAAGCCAUCGAUGGGGUAGCUCUUAAGCAGCCGCGAGGAGCUCUUUCAGUUGCAGAAAUUUCCCCGGUGUUCUGUGUGAUGAUCUCGCCUUUUCUCGUGUUUGACAAAAUGUGGAAGAGUGGAAAAUGUGUCCAGUAAUAAUGAAAGCUUCCGUUACGAGCUGGGAAUCUUAAACGCCGGGCGCGAAGAAACCCGCAGCCGUCUUUUCUCCCGUUUGCGCACUGAGCGGUUUGUAUAUGCAAAAGGUGGUUUGCAUCAGGAAGCCAUGGAGGGACUCGUCUAAGGAGGACCCAACAUAAUCAUCAUUUUACGAUUCCGUUCUGGUUUUCUUUCACCUCUUCCUGGUAAGCGCCACCUGUCUUCUUGUGCAUAAUGGCAGAGAAGGCCGGUCUGGGGGUCCCGAAACCUGGGGGUAGAUCCACGACGCUUCCUCCGGAGCCUAUCGAGAUCAUCCGGACCAAGGCUCGGUCCAGAAGGGUCCGCCUUAACGUCGGGGGUCUCAACCAUGAGGUCCUAUGGCGGACCUUGGAUAGACUCCCCAGAACCAGAUUAGGCAAGCUCAGAGACUGUAACACACACGAGUCGCUGAUGGAAGUCUGCGACGACUACUGUCUAAACGAGAACGAGUACUUCUUCGACAGACACCCUGGCGCGUUCACGUCGAUCUUGAAUUUUUACAGAACUGGAAAGCUGCACAUGAUGGAGGAAAUGUGCGCGCUGUCAUUUGGCCAAGAGCUCGAUUACUGGGGCAUCGAUGAGAUCUACUUGGAGUCGUGCUGCCAGGCGCGAUACCACCAGAAGAAGGAGCAGAUGAACGAGGAGCUCAGAAGAGAAGCAGAGACUUUAAGAGAUAGAGAAGGGGAAGGGGAAUUUGAUAACACCUGCUGCUCAGACAAGAGGAAGAAACUUUGGGACCUCUUGGAGAAGCCAGGUUCCUCAGUUGCUGCUAAGAUACUGGCCAUCAUAUCCAUUCUCUUCAUCAUUCUUUCAACAAUUGCACUCUCCCUCAACACCUUGCCCGAGCUGCAAGUCACAGACGAAUUUGGCCAAGCCAAUGACAACCCUCAACUCGCUCAUGUUGAAGCCGUGUGUAUCGCAUGGUUUACAAUGGAGUAUCUCCUGCGCUUCCUGUCGUCGCCGAACAAGUGGAAAUUCUUCAAAGGGCCACUAAAUGUCAUUGACUUGUUAGCUAUACUACCCUACUACGUCACCAUUUUCCUGACAGAAUCAAACAAAAGUGUGCUGCAGUUCCAAAAUGUGAGGAGGGUGGUGCAGAUAUUCCGUAUCAUGAGAAUAUUGAGGAUUCUGAAACUGGCCAGACAUUCGACCGGACUUCAGUCCCUUGGAUUCACCCUCAGGCGCAGUUACAAUGAACUUGGUUUACUCAUAUUGUUCUUGGCCAUGGGAAUUAUGAUAUUCUCCAGCCUGGUGUUCUUUGCGGAGAAGGACGAGGAUGCUACGAAAUUUACCAGCAUCCCGGCUUCGUUUUGGUGGGCUACGAUUACCAUGACAACAGUGGGCUAUGGAGAUAUUUACCCACAGACUCUGCUUGGUAAAAUAGUUGGUGGACUUUGCUGCAUAGCUGGUGUGCUGGUCAUUGCCUUACCCAUCCCAAUUAUUGUGAACAACUUUUCGGAGUUCUACAAAGAGCAGAAACGACAGGAGAAAGCCAUCAAGAGAAGAGAGGCCUUAGAACGAGCCAAGAGGAAUGGCAGUAUCAUCUCUAUGAAUCUGAAGGAUGCCUUCGCUCGGAGUAUGGAGUUAAUGGAUGUCGUAGUGGACAAAAGCGACGAUAAAGAGCCAAUGGAUAACCACCUCUCUCCGAGCAGAUGGAAUAUUCCCAAACGCACGUCUUCGGAUACCAGCCUGAGAUCGUUCGACAAGAAUUUUCCCGAAAGUGGCCCGCAAGACUCGCAGGAGUUUGUCCGAACGCCGAGUCCUCAGCAUCUGAAUGCUCAGAAACUGGAGGAAAUGUAUAACCAGAUGACAAAGACGCAGUCUUUCUCUGAUCUCAACACAACCGCCGCUCCGCAGAUCGCGGAAAGCGAGGUGGAACUGGAGAUGAAAGAAGUCCCAUCCGCCACUGAAGGACAACCCAAGGAAAGAACCAUCACUGAUAUGAGAAGUAUAUCAAGCGUUGACAGCUUUGCAAGCUGCACUGCUGAAUUUGGACAGGGUGACAAGACGUCCACCCCUUCUUGCACAGAAGAACAGCUUCAGAAAAGGCAAUCGAAAGCAUGUUUUCAUCUCGGCCAGCUGACACCUUCCGACACCUUCUGUCCGGAUGACAACGAAGAGCCUACUGAAGAGAACUUCACAGAGGUGGUGGAGAACAUCAAAAGCUCCAUCCGUAGCACGAAUCCAGUGAAAACAAAAGGCCUCAAAGUCAACUUCAUCGAAACACCAGAGGAUGCUCCUUUGACACCACCCCACACCUCUUCACCACAGGAUAUCAACAACAGUCUCGUGGAGGACGACUACCCUGAAGGAGAGUGCUCGCCACUUUGUUCAGAUUCAGAGCCACCACCUAGUUUUCCAAACAAAGGUGUAGUUCUUUCUCCGAAGAGGCAAGCCGGUCAAUACUAUCCUCAAGAGACAGCACUGCUUCUUGGGGAACUGGAGGAACAGGAGUACCAUGGGGACCUUAUGGAAGUGGCUUCCGCGCUCAUCUCCUCACCCAAACGCGCAGCACACAACGGCACUCAGGGUGUAGUCGGUGACAACGGCGAGGAGAAGCCGGACACCAACCAAAGUGAACACAAGGUAGAGAACCACAUGUUUACGCCAGAGAUCCAUCUAAUGCCAGGGGAUGGCAACCUUUCACCGUCCUGUGAAACCGGGAUGUGACUGUGGGUUAUGAGAGAAGCUACGAACACACUGGAGAAGUGCACACGGAUGCGGUCUGAAAGAUAUUUCUGCAUGGCAUGAAAAGUCCUUUGUUAUUGUGUCAUUGUCAAUAGUAAAAAUCAGACUGCGGUUCUCGCAGACGAAACCUGAGGAUGCGGGUGCAAACAAGAGACUUGUUCAGAAUGUAUUUACCCAACGAUGAGGACACGUUGACUUACCUGUACAUUGUACCUUUUCACUUAUUUUCUUUUAUAGAGACGUACACAAACGUAGGGGGACAGAUUUUCAAAAGCAUGCAUAUUAACAAAGCCGUUUUAUGGUGCUUAGUUUGCUGAGAGCACUCCACAGUAAAUACAGAGACUACAGCAAUGACAAUGCACAUAGCCACAGGGAGCAUAGUAGAUGUUUUUUUUUUGUUUGUUUGUUUUUAUUUCGUUUUUAAGGAGGGGGUUCUCGUCAAAGACUGUGAAAAGUGAGCAAAGUAGCGACGUAUUGAAACAUAUCACUCUCUGUGGAAAUGCAAUGUAUACCUAAUGCAGACGUGUUUUGUGUUACGGUUUAGCAAUGGCCUAUAAUGUCACUAACAUUUUCGUUUUUUUUUGUACUCCAAUUAGCACCAUUUAUCAAACUCUUAGAUUUAAUGACCAGAGGUUUAUUUAUGAUGAUGGAUUGCAUCAGUUUUCUUGAUAUACAGAGUUACACAUACGCCUGUAGUUGCCAAAUACAUCAUGAAAAUAGCAAUCAAAUUCUAUAAAGUAGUUGUAAAAAUGUGCUUCGCAAAAGACUAUUAUGUAUCGCAAAAAGCGACGUCUGAUGGAGUUUUCAGAAAAAAGCUUUAAAGGCCUGCUUUAAAUUUAUAAAUAAGAUAUACAAAAGGUGUAUAUCUUAACUGAUUUUUACAUGCUCAAAUAUACAAUAGCACAAAAAAUAAAACAAUUGCAUAUUUUAAAUAGGAAUUUGACUAUCAGGUAAGUAGUUCUGGCCAUUAAUAUUGACAACUAUUGUUAAUGUUUUUCCCUUCAAACUCAUAAGUAACAGUCAUAUCAAUACUACGUUACCUACAAAAAGGACCAAAAUUCAUAACAUGUUUUACACAGUGAAUUAACACAGAAAGCAACUCAGUGAAUUAACACAUUAAAUCCUACAGUGGUGUAAAUGGCACUACAGUUUUAAAUUUCACAUGAGUUGCUAUACAUAUUUCACCAUAUCUGUAUCAUUUAGACGCCUGACCUUUUAGUCUGUCCUCAACAGAAACUCAAUUUCGUUCUACUGAGUAUUUGUGAAUAUUUAUUUUAGAUUCACAUUUUCUGUGUUAUCAUCUGGACUAAAGCCUGUUUUUGGUUUCCUGUCACCAGAGAGAAUACCUAUUUUAUGUUGCCUUUAUUCCAAGAUUGCUGGAAAUAUAUGUAUAUUACUUGCUUGGGCAUGGCAGAUGACUGAUUGUUCCAAAAUGUACAUUGUGUUUGAAGAAACCACACAAUCUCAAUAAGUUAAUGAAGAUCGCAAAAGACAGAAGAAUGCAGAAGCUGAUUCUCGCGGAUACGCUACGGUGGAAAGUGCAAUACAGCAUACUGCAAUCUAUGCAGGCCAAGAAUUGUGGCACUUUAUUUACAGUCUAAUGGAUUUGUAAGUGUACAGGCAGAGACUACAAUUGUAUUUUUCAGAUUAUAUAUCUUUAAUAUUUGAAAUAUCAGUGUUACCACUCAAAGAUUAUUUGACAUUUUGCAAAAAUACCACAUGACUACACAAGUCUUCAAAUGAGAUUCUCUUAACAAAUUGGACCGUGAGGGUCUUUUAUAAAUGUACAAAUAGGUUAAUUUAACAUAUAAAAAAUCAAACUCUUUAAAUUAUUCAGUGGGCUCAUUAAACGUAUUUUAUGUUUAUGAAUUAAUGCUGACGGUGGCUCUAUUUUUUCUAAACCAAAAUUGCGCACGACCACAAUUUCCUGCCAUAUGGUGGUUGGAAUGACGCGUGUCUGUUCGUAAGAAUUUCUGGGAAGGCUACAAAUCAUUUGGCUUUGUUCAUAUAGAACUGUACAGAAAAUUCUACUUUUUAUAGGCGAAAAAAAUCAGGUCUAAGUAAUAGAUAUGCGUAAUAUUAAGUUCUCAGGUUUUCUACGACACUAAUGUUCUGAUAUGGUGGAUGUUCAUGUUUUCUUUAUUGAAAAAGCAUCAUCUUGUUUAUUCUUGUUAAUGUUUCUUAAAGCAAAAUGUGUCAUCACUUGCCUGUUUAUGUUUUGACAGAUUUAUUCAUAAUGUUAACUCUGAAGUCAUCUCACGUGUUUUUUAUGCCAUACAGAGAAAGCAGUGUCAUCUAUAAAUUAUAUUUUGUAGUGGUGCGUGACUGCACUUCCUGUAGGCACCUUCGGCAUGGUAGUGGAUUUUUCAUGAUGUUAAAGCAGAAAUUAUUCUGUUGUUAGUAUCUACACACAUCAAGAACUGUUUAAGAACAGCAGGAGCAAUAAACACAAGCAAGUUGACACAUCAUGAGUUGUUUGCAUGUGUUUAGAAAUACAGUUUCAUGGCCCUGCUAUAAAUUAUCAGUCAGGAUCAGGCUCAGUUUGUUUCCUCAAAAACUGCACAAAUACAAUAUUAACAUUAUAGGUCAAUUAGGCACCUGUUGAUCAAAUCUAAAGACAGGGGCUUAAAAUCACACAUUAACAACUUCUUUUAAAAGGCACAAUGUUCUUGCGUAACUAUCCCACCAGGCAAUCAAUUGCUUUGUUAUUUGUAGCAUGUUGUCGUAUGACUAGCAUUUCUCUUGACGGGAGCCGUAACAGAGAGAACAUUUGGGCCUGUAUGACUUUGAUCGAUGGUAUUAUUUAAUGCUAAAAUAAACUGAUGGACUGUGAGCGAGCAUGUUUAUCUUCCCAUGAUCAUUUGUUAUAUGGCAAGCGUUUGAUUUGAUUUGAUUUUGUUUGAAAGCGAGGUUUUAUUUACCCAAUAAUGUGUCGUCCAUGUGUCAUGUUCUCUCAUGCUACACUGAAUUGUCUCCCUUGUUUUUUGCCUCUCUUUUUUUUUGAUUGUUUAAACGAUGUUAUCUUGUAUCUCCACGUCCGUAGACGCCUUUAAUCCGCAGACAGUUUCUGCACAUAUCAGCAUCUUUGAAUGCAUGUAGUAAUCUGUACAAUUAUGUGAUCACGGAACACACUUUGUCAUGGUACAUGUAUGUCAACAUUUCUGUAAAAUAAACCGCGUUGUCUAUGUUAUGUCUACUAGCAUAUGCAGGAUAACAAAUAAAUGUGUAAAUAACUUACUUGUGUUCUUCAUGUUUAGUUUUUAUCGGAGCUGACAUGCAGCUUGCAAAAAAUGACAAGGUCACAAUGUACAUUUUGGACAUGCGCGGGAGGCUAAAAGGCGAGUGUUGACAAUGAAAAAUUACAUCUUUGGCAACUUGUUGCCCUUCAGAAAUCUCCCACUUGUGGAUGUGUUUCCUGUUGGGAAUGAAGAAAACAAUAGGCAGUAGACACAUGAGUGAUGUGUAAUUGAACCUAAUAUCUUAUGGGUUUUCGUUA